AUGAAGGAAGAGCUCGCCAUACAUGAGGACCUGUGCACAGAUCUAGAGAUGUUCGACAUGGCGACCAGGUGUGCGAGAGCCAAGGAAGGCCGCCUCUCCCUCCUGGAGCUUCCGGAGGUGGACCCAGAAGCUUCAGGUACAUGUCAUGAAACAUGCAAGCAUCUCAACACGCUGGGCGCCAAGGCCGUGCUGGCCUUCUCGACCAUGGUGCCGCUCUCGGAGAUCGCCUUCGCCGUCCUGCUCCUCCCCUACCUUCUCCUGGCCACGCUCGCCUUCCCGCAGCGCCCCGGGAAGCCCAACCCGUCCUUGCCCGUCUUCCUCGGCCUCGCGCGCCUCCUCCUCGCCGCGCACACCGUGGGCGGGUUCCUCGUUGGUGCCGCACUCCCGGCGCUCUACGUACUUGACGGCCUCCGGUCCGGGGACACCACGGGGAUCGCCGCCGCAGCCCCGCAUGCGUUCCUGCUCUCCGCGCAAGUCUUCAUUGAGGGGCUCACCACCGCGGUCCCGUGGCGGUUCUCGCUCCCCGUCAGGGCUACCGUACCGGUCAUGUACAGCGCGCGCAGGAUGUUCGUGGCAGGGGAGUGGCUCCGGCAGGAGAUGGAGGGGGUGACUGCGGCGACGGGAAGGGAAGGGGCGGAGCGGCAGGAGGCUGGGCGGGUCGAGGAGUUCCCCUGUGGCGGCGGCGGCAGCGUAGGAAACCUAGUGCAUGCGAGGGUAAUCGAGGAGAAGAGCUGCUCGCACGAUUGUUUAGAGAGUUUUUUCUCUCUGGAGGGUGAGAAUCGGUGGAACCGGAGUGAGGGGUGGAAGGUGGGGGAUGAAAAAAACCAGCGAAAAUAA